AUGGCUUCUAAACGGGCCAUUUCGCGUCUGCUGGAAUUGCCUCCACCCCUCCGCCGCAGCGUGUAUACAGCAGCAACAUCAUCACCAAAACAGCCCGAACUUUUCGAUCUCGUAUGCAUUGGAGCUGGACCAGCAGGACUUGCUCUCAUAUCCGCCCUGCAAUCUGAGCCUUCCACCAAGAAUCUGAAGAUUGCUUUGAUCGAUAGCCAAGAGCUGAGAAUAUCUACUGCGAAUGACCCAAACUCCUUCUCAAAUCGAUGCUCUUCGCUCACGCCGUCUUCUCUCCGCUUUCUACAUCAAAAUGGAGCUUGGAAGCAUAUCAAUGCAUCGCGAGUACAGCCUUAUCACGGAAUCGAUGUCUGGGACGGAGUGAGUGGGAGCAAGAUCCAAUUCGACCCAUCAGAUCACACGGUAGCGACAAUGUGCGAGAAUGCAAAUUUGACGUCGGCGCUCUUGCAACAGCUCAAAGAACAAGGAGCACAGAUCGAGAUUUUGGACAAAUCCAGGGUGGAAUCUAUACAAUUCGGACCUGGGCCAGAAAAUGAGCAGUCGCUUGACCUUUCUCAAUGGCCAGUCGUGCAUCUACCAGGCGACAGAGCUAUUGCUGCGAGGUUGUUGGUAGGUGCUGAUGGUGCCAACAGUCCCGUCCGGCAAUUCGCAGGCAUUCCAAGCCACGGAUGGGACUAUAAUCAGCACGGUGUCGUAGCAACGCUCCAGCUUGAUCAAUCUUUCCACGGGUACGACAUGCGAACGGCAUACCAACGCUUCUUGCCCACUGGUCCUAUCGCGCUCCUUCCACUUCCGGGCAAUAAAGCUAGUCUGGUCUGGUCCAUCCUCCCUCAGUACGCGGCAAAGUUGAAGCAGCUCUCGCCAGAAGACUUCACAUCAAUGGUCAACGCCGCUUUCCGUCUAAUGUUUGUCGACAUCAAGUACCUCUUGACAGAAGCAUCGGUGGAUCCGGCAGACGAGCUUGCCUGGCGAGAACCGAACACUGUCUCCAGCGAUACAGGUUUGCCUCGCAACUUCCCCCGUGUUGUCGGCGUUCAAGGAGGGACAGUCGCGUCUUUUCCAUUGCGCAUGCGCCAUUGCUCCACCUAUACUGGUCACCGCAUAGCACUUAUUGGAGACGCCGCACAUACUGUCCACCCGCUAGCUGGUCAAGGUCUGAAUCUGGGACUGGCCGAUGCUGAGGCUCUCGCAAAAUGCAUCGUGAAUGGUGUAGAGCAUGGAAUGGACAUUGGUAGCUGCUGGUGCUUGGAUGACUACAACGCAGAACGUUGGGCUGCGAACAAUGCCAUGCUUGGUGUAGUCGACAAGUUGCAAAAGCUGUAUUCCGUCGGCUCAGGACCGGUGGUAUGGGGAAGAAGUCUCGGACUGGAUCUGGUGAAUAGGUUGGGUCCGCUGAAGGGCGCUUUGAUGGGAGCUGCUUCUGCGAGCUGA